AUGAAGUGCCCGGAAUAUGCUACUACAAACAUCCAUAGCUCAAAGAAUUUGAAGACAGAGGAGAAGAUCAACAGCCUGAUAUCCUUAAUCAGCACAAAGAUUGGUCAGUACGAGUCCUGGCUUCUGUUGGCUGAUAACGUUAAAAGCUUAUCUGAAAUGCAUGUUCAUUUACUUCGGCAAGGACAUGGACAGUGGGCAAGAGGGUAUCUGUUGAUCAUAACUCAAGAUACUUCGUGUAUACCGUUACCAGGCCUUUCCAUUCAACACAUCUCAGUAAGCGAGGGUAUGCAGUCCCAAGAGGCCUCUUCUUUGUUAGCCCUGAUUUCUGGUAUCAGUGAUAAUGAGCUGGGAGGAGCAGUAGCUAAAGAACUCGAUUACCAACCUCUUGCGUUAGCAAGCGCUGCCACCUAUGUGAAGCAACUUCGACAGAGCAAACGUUUUUCAGAGUUUGGUUGGACCGACUUUCUGAGACAAGUAGAAGAAGGGCAACGUGGUGCGACAGAGACUCUAUUUGCAGAGACCAACCUUUGUUACAAGAAAUCGAUGACAACAGCAAUAACACUGGCCGUUAGAGAAGUGAUGGAAUCAGACAGAAUCAUAGAUCAUGCCUUAACUUUUCUCUCCCUCUGCACGUCACAGCCUUUGAAUGAGGAUAUCGUGGUGAAUUACAUCGUAAACGUCGUGGAAGGAAUAAAAGAUAAAGAGAUGACAAUUAUGAAACUCCAAAGAUGUUCACUACUUUUGUCACAUGAAGAUGAGUUUGGUGUCCACAUCUGCAUACAUCAGGUUUUACACGACGUCGUUACGUCUUUGAUUCAAGAGAAAAAGCUGGGACCUGACCUUGUAACAGUGGCAACUAGUUACAAUAACCUGGGUUCUGUUCACGUGAAACUGGGCGACUUAGAGAAGGCCAAGGACUAUUAUGAACUUGCUCUGAGCAUUCAAGGGAAAAAGCUGGGACCUGAGCAUGUAAGAGUGGCAACUAGUUACAAUAACCUGGGUUCUGUUCACGAGGAACUGGGCGACUUUAAGAAAGCCAAGGAGAAUCACGAACUUGCUCUGAGCAUUAAAGAGAAAACGCUGGGACCUGAUCAUGUAAGAAUGGCAACUAGUUACAGUAACCUGGGUUCUGUCCACAAGGAACUGGGUGACUUUGAGAAGGCCAAGGAGUAUCACGAACUUGCUGUGAGCAUUAAAGAGAAAAGGCUGGGACCUGAGCAUGUAAGAGCGGCAACUAGUUACAGUAACCUGGGUUCUGUCCACGAGGAACUGGAUGACCUUGAGAAGGCCAAGGAGUAUCACGAACUUGUUCUGAGCAUUAACGAGAAAAAGCUGGGACGUGAGCAUGUAAGAGCGGCAACUAGUUACAGUAACCUGGGUUCUGUUCACGAGGAACAGGGCGACUUAGAGAAGGCCAAGGAGUAUUACGAACUUGCUCUAAGCAUCUGCCAGAAAAAGCUUGGACCUGACCAUGUACAUGUGGCAACUAUUUAUUGCAACGUGGGUUCUGUGUACAAGAAACUAGGCGACUUUGAGAAGGCCAAGGAGUAUUACGAACUUGCUCGUAUCAUUAGACAGAAAAAGGUAGGACCGGAAUCUGUUUAA